AAAUAGAUCAAAUUAAUUUUAAAUAUUAAUCAAUAGUGUAUAAUUGAUUUAUAUUUUGGUAAAUGUUUUGUUCAAAUAACUGAGAUAAUUCUAACAGUACCCCUUAAUAAAAAAAAGUGAUUAUUUCUUCAAAUGUCUCUAGACUUAUGGCGGUUUUGUUGCAUGAUUAUUUCUUCAUUGAGAAUAGUUCAAAACUCUAUCUAUCUCUCUCACACACACAAACAUAUGAAUUAUGCUAAUUUAUCGACAUACAUGUGAUUGAAUGAGCUAGGCUAUUUGUAGAAUAUAAGAAAAUGAGUAUUAUUCCUGUUAAAAAGAUGGAAAAGCAAUAGGAUUGAUGAAAAAUGCAGAUAUUUAUAGCUACAUUAAUCAUGAUAAUCCUAUACAAUACGAAAGGAUCUCAUUCUAUUAGAUUCGUAAUAGACCGAGAAGAAUGUUUCACACACAAUUCGCACUACGAAGGCGCCACCGCCCACGUUUCAUUCGUUGUAAUCAAGUCAGAAACCUCUUUGCAGCCCGGCCAAGAGGGGGUUGAUCUAACGAUAAAAGGGCCUUCGGGAGGACAGAUUCACAAAUUCAGCAACAAGAUAAGCGAGAAACACGAGUUUCAAGUUCAGAACAAGGGUCUUUAUCGAUUUUGCUUCACUAAUCAAUCUCCAUCCCAAGAAACAAUAGACUUUGAUAUAUAUAUUAGCCAUUUGGCUCACUUUGAUCAGCAUGCAACUGAUGACCAUCUUGUUCCAUUGAUGGAGCAAAUCUCCAAGCUGGAAGAAGCUCUUUAUAACAUCCAGUUUGAACAGCACUGGUUAGAAGCUCAAACCGAUCGUCAAGCAAUGGUAAACAAAGGAAUGGGCACAAGAGCAGUACACAAGGCUAUGUUCGAAUCGGCUGCAUUAAUUGGCGCAAGCGCUCUCCAAAUGUUCUUGCUGCAACGCCUAUUCGAAAUUAAACUCGGGAGAGCCAGUGUUUAGAUUUUGUUGGCAUUUCCCUGGAUAAAUGUAAUCUUGCAGAAAAAUCAGCAAUAAUAAUGGUUUAUAUAUAACUGAGGGUAUUCAAUUUCAAUCCAACACAUCCUUAAAAACAGUAAAAAAUAAAGGGGGA